AUGGUACAGAUGGAAGCCACCCAGGCCCACGUAGCUAGAACUUUUGGGGUUGCUCCCGUGUUGCUAGACACCGGCACUGUGUCUGGGCCUGACAUAGACACCGGCACUGUGUCUCGGUCUGACAGAGACACCGGCACUGUGUCUGGGACUGAUAGAGACACCGGCACUGUGUCUCGGCCUGACAGAGACACCUGCACUGUGUCUGGGACUGACAGAGACACCGGCACUGUGUCUCGGCCUGACAGAGACACCGGCACUGUGGCUAGGCCUGAUAGAGACACCGGCACUGUGUCUGGGACUGACAGAGACACCGGCACUGUGGCUUGGACUGACAAAGACACCUGCACUCUGUCUGGGCCUGACAAAGACACCGGCACUGUGCCUGGGCCUGACAAAGACACCGGCACUGUGUCUGGGACUGACAGAGACACCGGCACUGUGUCUGGGCCUGACAUAGACACCGGCACUGUGUCUCGGUCUGACAGAGACACCGGCACUGUGUCUGGGCCUGACAGAGACACCGGCACUGUGUCUCGGUCUGACAGAGACACCGGCACUGUGUCUGGGCCUGACAGAGACACCGGCACUGUGCCUGGGCCUGACAAAGACACCGGCACUGUGCCUGGGCCUGACAGAGACACCGGCACUGUGGCUAGGCCUGAUAGAGACACCGGCACUGUGGCUAGGCCUGAUAGAGACACCGGCACUGUGUCUGGGACUGACAGAGACACCGGCACUGUGUCUGGGACUGACAGAGACACCGGCACUGUGUCUGGGCCUGACAAAGACACCGGCACUGUGUCUGGGACUGACAGAGACACCGGCACUGUGUCUGGGCCUGACAUAGACACCGGCACUGUGUCUCGGUCUGACAGAGACACCGGCACUGUGUCUGGGCCUGACAGAGACACCGGCACUGUGUCUCGGUCUGACAGAGACACCGGCACUGUGUCUGGGCCUGACAGAGACACCGGCACUGUGCCUGGGCCUGACAAAGACACCGGCACUGUGCCUGGGCCUGACAGAGACACCGGCACUGUGGCUAGGCCUGAUAGAGACACCGGCACUGUGUCUCGGCCUGAUAGAGACACCGGCACUGUGUCUGGGACUGACAGAGACACCGGCACUGUGUCUGGGACUGACAGAGACACCGGCACUGUGGCUAGGCCUGACAGAGACACCGGCACUGUGUCUGGGCCUGAUAGAGACACCGGCACUGUGUCUGGGCCUGACAUAGACACCGGCACUGUGUCUCGGUCUGACAGAGACACCGGCACUGUGUCUGGGCCUGACAGAGACACCGGCACUGUGUCUCGGUCUGACAGAGACACCGGCACUGUGUCUGGGCCUGACAGAGACACCGGCACUGUGGCUAGGCCUGACAGAGACACCGGCACUGUGUCUGGGCCUGACAGAGACACCGGCACUGUGUCUCGGCCUGAUAGAGACACCUGCACUUAG